UCGUUGAGGACAAAGAGAGGUGGGGAUCGGCGAGAGAGGCGCGGUGACGUCACGACGCACGGAGGCCGCGGCGUGCGCGAAGCUUUGCCUGGCGAAGCUGCUCCGAGGGCAUAAACGGCGCGGUGGUCGUCAGGAUGAGGCAGAAGAGGAAAGCAAGCGCCAUGCUCCCGGGAGGGGACAGCAGAGAAGGGAGCUCGGGACAAGCGGAUGGUGCGGUGAACGUGGUGAUCUGUGACAAAUGCUGGGAGGGUGCGGGCGAUGUGGUGGUCGGGGCCGAGGGGAAGUGCUUCUGCCUCAAGUGCGGGGAAACUAAAGCCCAGUCGCCCUCAAAGAGGUUCAUGUCCAUCAAGGAGGAGGCUGCACAGUUUGCCUACCACGGGAACCACCACAUGGCCUUGGCUAACGCCUCGCUCUCGCUGCCCGGAGCAGUGGUGGCCGGACCGUCGUCGGCCGCGGUGAGCUGGGCCGACAACCUCCCGUUCGUCCCGUUGGCUGAGGCGUCGAACCCCCGCCAGUCCCCGGCGCAGCCCGAGGCCGAGGAGGCCGCCGCGCCGCCGGGGGUGUGCGCGUCGGUGCACAGCCUCCUGCACAUCUCGCAGGGGAAGCCACAGAAGAAGUACGACGUGACGUGGGCGGAAAUCAACAGGCGGUCGGUGUCACCGGAGCGCCUCUCCCCGUACUGCGUCAACUCGUACCUGCGCAACAGCAAAACGGCGCUGGCCGUGGUGCGCGCCGAGCUGCAGGACAAAGGCCUCCCCAUAAACUCGCGCUCCGGCGUGGUCACCACGCUCACCAAGCUCUGCGAGGGGGAGGUGAAGGACCUGGUGGAGGACAUGCAGUUCCUGAUUGCGCAGUACGUCCCGCGCAAGCUCAUCGUGUCCACACAUGCGCAGGACCUGCACGGAGACAGCACCGUCGUGCGGUUAUCGCAGCUGCAGAGCACCGUCGCCAUGCUGGACGAGUACAGCUACAUCAUCCAGCAGCGCGGCUCCCGCUUCAACCAGGUGACUCACGGCCUGGGGCCCGGCAUGUUCAAGGCCUUCAUCAAGCUCCUCAAGACGCUGGCCGAGGAGGAGAUCGAGCACCUGAGCAGCAACUGAGAGCGAUUGAGAGUGACGUUGCCCCACACAGCCUGGUGCCUCACCCUCCCCCCGCACUUCCCACGCACCCCUUCAUGAACCCCUCCCCCCCACGCGUGACGGCCCCCAGCCACCUCGCUGCGAAUCCUCGCCGUGUCGGAGUAACGCGUGGGCCAGUAGUGAUAGCCGAAGUGAAGUCUCCCUGCUGUAAGCCACCCGGCUGCAUUAACUAAUUCUACAGAGAGGUUCUGUCAUCGACGACGGAAUUGCUUGCGUGUAGGCCUCGUCGGAGGCCGCAGGUUGGCGAGCGAGGUGCUGUCGCCUCAUUUCCCGGUUAUGUUUUCGGCUCAGUUGGAGGCCCACCAACUCCACAUGCGAGGCCGGGCGCUGCUGUUCCCUAUUGCCGCGCGGGCUAGUCCCCCUCUCGCCCCCCUCUCACCCCCCUCUCGCCCCCCUCUCGCCCCCCUCUCGCCCCCCGCGGCACUCUCCACAGGCCCCUGUGUCGGAUGUACAACCACGCACGGGGCUUCCUCCCGUGUUUUAUUUCGUUUAUGUGGAUUUACGUUUUCCUAAAUGCGUUUUAAUGAAGUUUUGGUAAAGCUAAUCAUGCAGCCAGGUUUUGGUGGGGAAAAAAAAAAGUCCGACCCGUGGAACCGUGCUUUCUGUUGUGUCGCCGGUGCCGUUGCGCUGCUCCGCUGUGCGUGCGCUUUGUGUGACGGAGGAGCACGUGGUCGGUCGGUCGGUCGUGGUGCGUGUAAUGCCGGGACCUCUGUCGUAAACGAUCGUUCGCGUGAAUUUUAUUUGUAACCAGGUUUCUUCGCAUGUUUAGACGGAAGUCUCUUUUUACAAAGGAGACCUGGGGUGCAAAGUACUUUAUACAGUUUCGGUGCGGAACAACGAUGGCAAACGUUGAAUAAUUCGACGUGUCCGAGCUAAAUACAAUGAGCCUUCGCAAGCUCGUAAAACCCGCCUCUUGGAAUAAUUCGCACAAUUGCAAAGGUGCUGUGAAGUAAUGCCACUCUCUCCAGCCAAUAGGACGCCAAUAAGUUAUCGCUCAUUGCAUUUGGGUUCGUGCACAAAAUCCACCGUCAACUGGUCUUCAUCGACAAACUACUGGCCUGUUCACUCACAAAUAGCACCGUCUACCAAUCAAUUCCCUAGCUCCAUCGUCAUCCACUCGAUCCGCCGGUUCCACAGUCGGCCCGGUCCGCUGCGCGGCGAGUGGACCAACUCUCGUCGCUCGCGCCACAGUGGACGCUGCUGGCCAGACUGCCGCCUGCCACUGCCGCCGCUGCUGCCACUGCCGAAGGCCGUGGAUGUGGUGCGGCGUUGUUUUCGAGAGCGGCGGCAGCGGCGUAUGAAGAGUGCCGCAGCAAGCUCCCGUGCUCUGCUGCUGCUGAUGAGUGUGUGAAAUAAGCGCCUGGUGCUUUUGUGUCGUCGCUGUGUUUUGUUAGCUUUGAAUAAAAUCCCGAAAUCCGUCGUGA